AUGAUGAAUUUUAAUGAAUUUCAACAAAUGAUUCAUAAAAUGUAUAAUGAAAUUACUGAUUUCAAACAAAUUAGUAGUUUUAUGAAUGAUAUUGAAGUCAUGAAAUUAUCUAUUUUAUGGUUUUUAUUUUUAUGGUCAUUGGUUACUAUGACACAAUUAUUAAUUAAAGCAAUUGUAUUUAGAAAUUUAUGGUUGAGUAAAAUAACAUUUGAGAAUAGUUAUAUAACUUCAGAAUAUAUUCAGCAGGAGAAACAAGCAAUUCAACAAGGAAUUCCUUCAACGUUUCCACUUACACAUAAUGAAUCGAAACAUUAUAAAUUAUUAACUAGUUUCAGUUGGAGUCACAAUGAAAAGAAUAAAAUGAGAUGUUCAAACACAUUGUUUAAUGUAUGGAUAGUUUUAAUUAUUAUAAUCAUAUUACUUAUUCAUAUUAUACACAAUUCUUUACUUUCUUUGACCUCUUUAAUUUCAAAUGAUUUAAUUCAGCCUAGAACAAGAUAUUCUCAAAAAAGGGAUGAUAAUUUAAAUCUCAGUUCUGGAAUAUUCAAUAAAAUUCCAUCUCAAUCAGUUAUUGUUAGUGGUACAUUUUAUGCAAAUAUUGUAAGAAAUAUACUCGAUUUACUAAUUCAUUCAAAAGAUACAUUAAUUAAUAAUGAUGUUACAGUCUAUCAUCCAAUAUUAAGUCCACAGGAUUUCAAUAAUCAUAUAAUCGUUAUAACAUUAUUAGUUCUAACAAUUAUAAGCCAAUUAAUUGAAGUAUAUAUUAUGAGAUUGCGUCAUAUAAUUAUGAUUUGGUACUAUCCAGAAAGAUCAAAUCAGCGGGCUUCAUGGUUACGCGCUCAUAUACGAAAUAAUCGUAAACUUUUUAAUGACUUCAAAUAUACAUCGGGAGACACUACUGAUAAACAUGGUCGUUGUUUUACAGAUAAUCCAAAAACAAAGCAUGUUUUAGCAGGAUUUAGUAUCAAACGUAUUACAUGUUUUUUGUGCAGUAAAGGAUGUUAUCCAUCAAGAAAACAAAAACCGAUAGAGAAUGCUUCUCAAUAUUCUGAAAAUGUACAUGCAUGUGGUAUAUGUCAGCUGGAUCUUGGAAAUAUCUGCAUAAAAUGUCGUACAUUAUUAUCUUUGAAAUAUUCACAAAUUGGCUUAGAAGAACAUUUAAACAAUGAAGAGUAUAUAACUAUGAAUUCAGUGUAUUCACUAAGAGAUGAUCAGUAUUGA